AUGAGCACGUUGUACGCCAACGCGGAUCUUGACGCUCUCCAAGCGGAUGCUGAUAACUCCCUCCUCAAUUUCGGUACCGCAUUCAACACUGAAAUAAUUACACACGCUAAAGAUGUAUUCAUCUACACGGCCGAUGGACGUCGGAUCUUAGAUUGGACAUCAGGGCAGAUGUCGUGCCUCAUCGGCCACGGCCACCCGGAAGUCGUGCAAACGAUUACAGAACAUGCCACCAAUCUUGAUCAUUUGUUCACUGCUAUGAUCAGCCCUCCGGUUAUUAACCUAGCGAUGAAACUAACGAGCCUGCUCCCUGAAGGUUUGGAUAAGGCCAUGUUCUUGAGUACUGGAGGGGAAAGCAAUGAAGCCGCGAUCAAACUGGCCAAAGUCUUCACGGGAAAAUGGGAGAUUGUCGGUCUUGCGAGUAGCUGGCAUGGGAUGACGAGCGGAGCUCUAGCAGCUCAAUAUCAUUCGGGACGCAAAGGGCAUGGACCCCUUAUUCCUGGCAACUACAUUCUGCCUGUGCCAAACGCAUACCGAUCGGUCUUCCGUAAGUCAGAUGGAUCUCAUGACUGGGAGACCGAGCUAAAUUAUGGAUGGGAAAUGGUCGACCGGGCCUCGAAUGGCUCGCUAGCCGCCGUCAUCAUGGAACCCAUUCUAUCUUCCGGGGGGAUGAUAACACUUCCCCCUGGCUACCUCAAGGCUAUGAAGGUCCAGUGCGAGCGCCGUGGUAUGCUUUUGAUACUUGAUGAAGCCCAGACUGGAAUCGGGCGUUGUGGUAAUAUGUUCGCAUUUGAGCACGAAGGUGUUGUACCUGAUAUCCUCACUUUGAGCAAAACUCUGGGUAAUGGCUUGCCGCUGAGUGCUGUGGUUACGAGUAAUAGCAUCGCAAGCGCGUCGAAAGAAAGUGGGUUCCUCUUCCUCACUACUCACACCAAUGACCCGCUUCCUGCUGCCGUCGGAUUGAAAGUCCUGGAAAUUGUUGUGCGAGACAACCUUGUGGCUCGUUCGCGUGAAUCUGGGGCGAAACUGCAUGUAGAAUUGCAGAAGUUGAUGUCUCGUUAUGGUUGUAUUGGUGAUGUGCGGGGUCGCGGACUUAUGGCAGGCGUUGAAAUUGUUGAAGAUCGAGAUAGCAAAACGCCGGGAUUAGAACUAGGGAGGCGGUUGGCGGCCAAGAUGAGUGAUUUGGGGCUUUCUGCCAACAUAGCGACGAUAGAGUCUUUCGGCGGGAUGUUUAGGAUUGCUCCUCCAAUUACCAUCUCGGACGAGAAUCUCUACAUGGGGUUGAACAUUAUGGAAGAAGCUUUCAGGAGCACAGAGGGAAGCUUACCUUUGUAUGAUUGA